AUGGGCUCCGAGCAGUCCAUGCCACCAAAGAAACAGCCACAGAGAGCCCCUCCAGUUCGUCGCGGUCACACUAUUGCUGGAUCUAACUUACCAGACUCAUACCGAAGCAACGAUCCGACGACCAGUGGGAAUAACUCGCCCGGUGCCAGCAUUUGUUCCGACUCUGAGUUACCAUACAUAUCAUAUACAGUGGACCGACCGAUUGGAGAUUCACCAAAAGCAACAAAGAACCAAAGAACCACCGACAACAAAAAGUCACUUCUCCAAAGGAGACAAAUGAGUUUACAAGCGAGGAAGAAUAAACGGGCUCAUGAUAUUGUAGUUGUUAAACCAGCAACUGAUACCCAAUUAGAUGAAGACAUACAACGACUUCAGGAAAUUCCCACCUUUUUGCCUAUAAUGCGGGGAACUCUUGGUCUACCUGGUGCUCGUGAUCCAGAAGUGAUAGCGGGUUUGGACUACAGACCUUGGGUGCGUAUGACGACACGGUUACAAGCGCACCUGUCGGCAUGUGCACAACCGUUGGCCGCGGAUGAAAUCAAUCUCGCCGCUAAAGUGAAAGAGGCUGAUGUAGAGAUCUCCCGUCUCUAUUCGCAAACAGUUGAAAGACAGAGAGCGAACGCGCGACACGCUGAGAGGCUGUCACGUGUACGCGAAGUCUCUCAUCAACUGUCCAGGUGCAACUCCUUGCUCAAUCAGACUCUGCAAGACAUUGAGGAGCUGAAUCUUAUUCUUCCCGAAGAUAAGAGGCUAGAACCAUUCGUGUGGAACGAACAACGUUGCUCAUAA